AUGGUGUCUGCUGCAGCAACCUCUGCUGCCAACGGCACCGGCAGCGCAAAUGCCAGCUCCAGAGCCUCGCCAGCCGUCGGAACCACCACCGCCUCCGCCAAAUCGAAGGCCGCCCAGGUCAACUCCAACGGUUACCACCCGACGAACCCCCAGAUCCCCCUGAGUUCUAUGCGAAGUACACCCCUCGAUCUGACCUCGGUCGAGCGAAGAGGCCAAGCGACCGCGAUCAAGGAGCCCACCAAGAAGAAGUCACGCCCCCACGGCCUCGAAGAUGCGCCUACAUACUGCCCGACCGAGGAGGAGUGGAAGGACCCGAUGGAGUACAUCAAGAAGAUCUCCCCUGAGGCCCAGAACUACGGUCUGUGCAAGAUCAUUCCUCCCGACUCGUGGAACCCAGAGUUCGCGAUUGACACCGAGAGGUUCCACUUCAGGACGAGGAAACAGGAGUUGAACUCGGUCGAAGGAAGUGAGUCGCCGCGCUUGCGCUCCUCCGAGGCGACACUGACAGAUGCAGGCACUCGAGCGAACAUCUCGUACCUCGACGCGCUCGCCAAGUUCCACAGACAACAAGGCAACAAUCUGCACCGUCUUCCCUAUGUCGACAAGAAGCCUCUCGAUCUGUAUAGACUCAAGAAGGCAGUCGAGGCUCGCGGCGGCUUUGAUAAGGUAUGCAAGCUGAAGAAGUGGGCUGAGAUUGGUCGUGAUCUGGGUUACAGCGGCAAGAUCAUGUCUUCUCUCUCCACGUCUCUCAAGAACUCAUACCAGAGGUGGCUUUGCCCGUACGAGGAGUAUCUCCGUCUCGCCAAGCCUGGUGUCCACCAACAGCUCGAGCUUGAGAACGGCGGCCCGUACACGCCUAGCCCGGCUGUGACUCCGAUGAAGCGUUCCAAUGUGAACACGCCUUCAAGUGCACGCGCCGACUCGCCCGCUCGUCAUGCCUCAGACGCCCUUCAGGCGAGCAUCAACGGGCUCAAGAAGGAGGCUGACCGUGACACUCCCAUGUCAGAUGCGCCGCCCGCGCCAACUCCGGCGCCGGUAACCUCAGGAUUUAGAGCCAUCAACUCUGGCGGCUUCACUGCUGUGAACUCGGGGUUUACAAGUGUCAACCGGCCCACGCCUCAGAAUGAUGCGACAAGCACGCCUCAAAAGUCCUUCAGCCCGCUUAAUUCCGCCAAGAACACCCCAGAGUACAGGCCCUCCAGUCUUGGACCUGCUGCCCUGAAGCGCCAGAAGUCCUGCGACAGUCUCAACUCCGCUAAGAAGGACGACAGCGCGGACAAGGACGACGCGGAUAGCGGGAGCAGGCGUAGCAAAAGACUUAAGAAAGAUACCGUUCCCACAGUGGCCGGAUCUCACAUGUCCCUGUUCCGCCCAUCGGUUCCCAGGAUCCCCCGAGAUGAGGCAGCAGCCCCCGGCGAGAAAUGCGAGCAAUGCGGCAAGGCUGAAGAAGGAGGUCCCCUGAUUGUUUGCGAAUCGUGCGACCACGCCUAUCACGGCACGUGCCUCGAUCCUCCCCUCAAGCACAAGCCCGAAUCCGAGUGGAACUGCCCCAGAUGCCUGGUUGGCGACGGCCAAUACGGCUUCGAAGAGGGUGGUCUGUAUUCUCUCAAGCAAUUCCAGCAGAAGGCGGCAGACUUCAAGCAGGGCUACUUCGAGAAGAAGAUGCCAUUCGACCCUGUUCUCAGCUGCCACCGUCCCGUCACCGAAGAGGAUGUUGAGACCGAAUUCUGGCGUCUCGUUGCCGAUAUUGAGGAGACCGUCGAAGUCGAGUAUGGUGCCGACAUUCACUGCACGACUCAUGGUUCUGGCUUUCCCACCGUCGAGAAGCAGCCCAACAAUCCUUACUCGACGGAUCCGUGGAAUCUCAACCUGCUGCCUCUCCACCCCGAGAGUUUGUUCAGGCAUAUCAAGUCAGACAUCUCCGGCAUGACUGUGCCAUGGGUUUAUGUUGGCAUGAUCUUCUCUACUUUCUGCUGGCACAACGAGGACCACUACGCCUACUCCGCCAACUAUCAGCACUUUGGUGCCACCAAGACAUGGUACGGCAUCCCGGGUGAAGACGCGGAGAAAUUCGAGGCCGCCAUGCGCGAAGCUGUGCCUGAGCUCUUCGAGACCCAACCCGACCUUCUCUUCCAGCUGGUCACUCUUUUGACUCCUGAGCAACUGAAGAAAGCUGGCGUUCGAGUGUACGCCGUGGAUCAGCGCGCAGGACAGUUCGUCAUCACGUUUCCUCAAGCAUACCACGCCGGCUUCAACCAUGGCUUCAACUUUAACGAGGCGGUCAAUUUCGCUCCUUGCGAUUGGGAGCCUUUUGGUCUUGCUGGCGUCGAGAGGCUUCAGGUGUUUCGCAGACAGCCCUGCUUCUCGCAUGAUGAGCUAUUGUGGACUGCCGCUGAGGGCACGACUAACGGCGGCCUCAACAUCCAGACUGCGAAAUGGCUCGCACCAGCACUAGAACGAAUUAAGAAGCGUGAGGUAGCGACCCGGUCCGAGUUCAACGCCAAACAUCUGGAGGCCCAGCAUCACAACUGUGCCCUUGUCGAUGGCAAGGGUGAAGGCAGUUGCCCGUUGAAGAUUGAGAUCAACGACGAAGACGUGCCCGAGGAGGAGUACCAGUGCUCUUACUGCAAGGCCUUCUCCUACUUUUCCCGAUUCAAGUGUCUGAAAUCCGGCAAGAUCCUUUGCCUUGCGCACGCGGGUUACCAACCAUGCUGCGAGAUGACUGAAUCGCAACGCUUCAACGGCGAGAGGCAUGCCCUCAUUCUCAGGCAGACUGAAGAGGACAUCGAAUACGCCUAUGAAAAGGUUUUGGAGAAGGCCCGCACGCCGGAGGCGUGGGAGGAGAAGUACAAUGCACUUCUGGAAGAGGAGGCAACCCCUCCUCUCAAGACUCUGCGGACUCUUUUACACGAGGGUGAGAAAAUACCCCAUGAACUGCCCUCACUCCCUUUGCUUCGGGAAUUCGUCGAACGAUGCAAUGAUUGGGUGGACGAGGCCACCAACUACAUAGUCCGGAAGCAGCAAAACAGGCGCAAGAGCGAAAAGUCCAUCAUCAACCGGAAGAACUCGCUGGACCAGAAAGAAAAAGACGCGCGAAAUGUUUCCAACGUGUAUCGGUUGCUCAGCGAGGCAGAGCAAAUAGGAUUCGACUGUCCUGAGAUUACCCAGCUGAGGGAGCGGGCUGAGGCCAUCGAGGCCUUCCAGAAGAACGCAGCUAAAGAACUGGAACAGAUCCACAGCGCAAACGUCGCAAACAUCGAAGAUCUACUUGAGGAAGGCAAGACUUUCAACGUGGAUAUGCCCGAGAUCGACAGCCUCUCCCGCGUGCUGGAACAGCUCAAGUGGAACGAAAAGGCUAGGAACAACAGAGGCUCUACCUUGAACCUGAACGAAGUUCGCGAGCUUAUCGAAGAGGGCAAGGUCCUGGAAAUCCCGCCGUACAAUGACCACUUGGCGUACUACAUCGACCAAAUGAAUGCGGGACAACAGUGGGAGAAAAAGGCAAGGGAGUUGAUCAACGCCGAGGUUGUUCAUUAUCCUCAGCUGGAGGCCUUGUCGAUGCAGGUCCAGCAACUUUUCCUGCCUGUCUCAUCCGAGACCUUGGCUGCUGUUGACCAAAUCCUCUACAAGCAGAGAGAGGCCCACAAGCAGAUCGUCGACUUGACUAACCGAUCGCGUGACCCCGACAUCCGCAAUCGUCCCAAGUACGCGGAAGUCGCAGAGAUCAUGCGCAAGUUGGAUGAACUUAACUCAAAGCCCAAUGGCACGCUUGAUCUUGAACGCGAGCAGAAGCGCCACGAGGAUUGGAUGAGAGAGGGCAAGAAGUUGUUCGGCAAAACCAAUGCGCCCCUUCACAUUCUCAAGAGUCACAUGGAUUACGUCCUCGAGCGCAAUCAAGACUGUUUUGACAUUGUCAAUGAUAAACCCCGUAUGCCCGCGGAACCUGCCUCGAGAGAAGCCAGCCCGGACGGCAAGGUUCACCGGUGGGAAGAUCCUCGAUUCCGCGAGGUCUUUUGCAUCUGCCGAAAGAUCGAAGCUGGCAUGAUGAUCGAGUGUGAGCUCUGCCAUGAAUGGUACCACGGCAAGUGUCUCAAGAUUGCCCGUGGCAAGGUCAAGGAUGAAGACAAGUACACCUGUCCAAUCUGCGACUGGCGAGUCAAGAUUCCAAGAGACGCUGCGCGCCCCAAGCUGGAAGAGUUGCUCGUUUGGUCCGAUAAGAUUCCAAGCCUGCCCUUCCAGCCCGAGGAAGAGGAGGUUUUGCAGAAGAUCAUCGACAAUGCCCAAGACUUCCGGAACCACAUUGCUGGGUACUGCAAUCCUGUUGUGUCGACCGAGUCGGAAGCGGACACCCAGCGAUUCUACUUGCGCAAGAUUGAAGGCGCCGAGAUCCUCCUCGCCUAUGAGACCAACUUCUUCAGGCAGGAGCUGCAUAAGUGGUGUCCCGUCGCGCCAAACCCACCCCCCGUUCUGGAAGUGUCCAAGAGCACCCGAAAGCCUCGUCCUACGAAGCUGCAGAAACUCCUGGCCCAAUACGGUGUGGACGACCCCGAAGACCUUCCGGAGAACAUGAAGGCCAAGGCCGCCAGUCUGAAGCGCAAGGCUCAAAACGCCGAGGCCGCUGCUGCGGCAGCGGCAGCCGCUGCGGCCGCUUCUGCCUCUGGCGCAACCGUCAUUCCCGGCCUCCAUCAGUCGUAUAAUCGCAAGUCGGAGCACUCGUCAGCUACGCCUCCUGGCACUUCUCACGGCAGCGCACACCGUCAAUCCAUUGGCAGCAAAGACGACCCCAUGGAUAUUGACAGCGGCCCGACACUUCACCCUGGUCUCUUUGGUGGCCGCGGCCCUCAGCUUGUUGGCGACAAUGCAUCAAUGUCCCUUGAAGAGCGCCUGCUCCAAGGCCAGGAAGAUGGUCUUAACUUGCACACCGAGGCUGGGAAGAGUAAGGCUCUCGAGAUCCUGCGCCGCACCGAAGUUGGUCGCAAGCGGGCUGUGGAAAUGUUCGGCCCCGACGUGUUCAAGGGCGACGUUGGCAUGUUGAACGGCAGGGAGGAUGCCCCUCGGUCACGAGAGGACGAGGUGGCCGUCAACAGGAUGUUUGACGAUUUGACGAACCAAGACGACGAGAAGAAGGAGUCCUUUGACGGACCGAUCACAGCCGAAAGCCUUGAGAGCGAGCGAAAUGGCAUGGACGCCUUGCUCGACGGCGAUUAG